CGUGCGUUUGUUUUGUGUAUUUAAUGGAAACUUGAUCUCAGAAUUGGCACAGUAUUCCGGGCAACUCAGCAGUGUGCAAAUCAGUGGUGCCGUCGAAAUACUAAAAAAGUUAUAAAGAAACCCCUAAAGGCUACUCCUUGCAAUAUAAAAUUGUGAAUUUGGUGGAACUCUGCGUUUUUGCAAAAACAACGAAAUAAAUUCAAAAUGGCAAGCCUGAAGUGUAUAUUUGCUCUUACGAUUGCUCUGUGUGCGAGCGCGGUGUUGGCGCGACCAGGAUAUGCUGUCGAUUAUUAUAAUCAUCCCAAGUACGCUUUCAAUUAUGGCGUAGCCGAUCACACAACAGGCGAUGUGAAGUCACAACAUGAAACGCGUGAUGGAGAUGUUGUCAAAGGCCAAUAUUCGCUUGUCGAACCAGAUGGCUCUAUUCGUACUGUAGACUACACUGCCGAUCCCAUAAACGGUUUCAAUGCCGUCGUAACAAAAUCUGGGCCCACAGUGCAUGCCCAAGCAUUAGUUCCCGCACCACAUUAUGAGCCAGCUCCUGUGGUGAAACAUGUAGCGCCUGCACCUGUUGUGGUAGCUGCACCAGCGCCGUACGCUCCUAAACCAUACGCCCCAGCACCCAUCGCUCCCAUUCACUACGAUUAUGACGAUUAUAGUCAUGGUGCUCAAUACGAGUAUGUACCUCAGUACAGCGGUCACUAUGGUGGUGGCGCCGGUUACAAUGGCCACUACGAAGGACACUACGGCGGACACCAUGGAGGUCAUUACGGUGGCCACUAUUGAACACGCCAAAUGCGCGCACGCAGCAUUAUAGAGCAGAGUACAACUCUCCACAAUAUCAUUAAAGGGAUCGCGGCGUAAAAUUUACACUAGCCAUCAUUGACAUUCAUGCCACCUCUAUCUUUCAAACUGCCUGCCUCCAGCUUACUCGCCAAUGCUUUCAAUAUUUUUUAACUAAACCUACAGCUGCAACUGUCCAUCAAACUAGUUUAUAAGUUUAUAUUGUUUUUUUAUUGGUUGUUGUCCGACAUGAAUUGUGUGCAAGCUUUAAGUUUCCAUAAAAAUUGAACGUUUGUAGGUACUUAUGAUAUAUAUCGGUUUAAAUAUCUACUGAGUUACAAGCUCAUUAACAAUGCAUUCGUAUUCUGUCAAAAGUGUACUCUCCACCAUUCUUGUAACAAAACUAUUUAUAUAAACGUAUGUAUGUAAGCGAAGAAGAUGAUUUACCAUAUAGCAUUUUUGUAAUUUUUUUAUUUGUAACAAAAGAAAAAUAUUUUGUAACGCAACAAUAAAACAAAUACUCAAAAAUUAA